GGACGAAAAAAAAACAGAAGAUAAAUAACACUUUUCUUUAAAAUUGAAGGCUAACGCAGCUUUUUUUUGUAAAAGCAAGUGCAAUAAAUGCCUGAUAAGUUUAAUCUCUCGUGAUUGUACAAUUAAUCACAAAAGCCCUGAAAAAAAUUGGAAAACAGUGUGAGAAGAGCACUGUCUGGUGAGAGUAUGCAGCCUAGUAACUUUAGAAGUUCCGUUCUCAAUGAACCAAGGAUUUUCGGAGGUCAGUACGGUUUGAACACCCCGUCUGGAACGAUAGCUACUAACCAGGCACCACCUUUGCCUCCGAGACCUUUCCAACAAAGCUAUGGGACAGCAAGCUAUGGACAAUCACGCUUCGGUAUCUCACCGUAUGGGGGUGGCUUUUCCGGACUUGGUGGUGGAGGUUAUUACGGUGGCAUGUACGGAGGAUAUGGGAAUGUCUACGGUUACGGAGGCAGUUCCGGUUAUGGAAUGGGAUGGAAUCCGGAACAGAGGUUCAUACAGAUGGCAGAAGAAAGUUCAAGACCGGCCUUUCAAAACAUUGAGUCUCUUGUGGGCGCAAUAAGUAACAUUGCCAUGAUGCUAGACUCGACGUUUUUCGCCCUCACGAGCUCGUUCCGUGCUGUCCUCGGCGUUGCUGCAAAUUUCGCUCACUUGCGCGGAGUUUUUGCGCAGUUCUGGACUUCAUUUGCCUUGUUUCGUUGGAUAGUUUGGUCAUGUAGAAAGGUUCUAUAUCUACUCAAAAUAACGAAAACCGACCCAGCUUCGGAAAGUUUUACUCAAGCCUUCAAACUAGCGGAAUCGAUGGAAGCAGAACAAAACCCUUCGAAAAAGGGAUCGUCUUUACCUGUGAUGCUGUUCCUUGGAUUUAUUAUGUCGGCACCGUACUUGCUGAUGAAACUUUUCGGAAAUAAAGACACCGUGGAUCAAACCAAAAAUCCCAGCUCGUGGAAAGGUGCGUUAGAAGCGGUUGCUGUCUACAAUUUUGAUUCUUCCAAUCAAUCCGAACUGACGAUUCGUGCUGGCCAAAAUGUAUUGAUUGCACCCAAAAAUGUCCAGAUUGAUAACAAUUUGCUAAACACCGGUUGGGUGCUAGCAACGGUCGAUAACGUCAGGUCGGGUUUAAUUCCUAUAAGCUACGUACAGGGAGCUAAACAACAGUUGCUUCAACAGGAUCAACUACAAUCUAAAUCCCCUGAUCAAAGUGCAACGUCACAUUCCGACGAGAAGCUGGAGAGUUAAAAUGGCCAGCUUAAAAGUUCAAAAGUUUUGUAGUUGUGUUUUAUUAAGUUACAAAUUUUAUUUUUAAUUUGUCACAAGAGAUGGUAUAUGGAUAGAAUAAAUUUUCUAGAAGGGAAUUUGUUUAAUUUAAAUUCUGAUCUGGAUAAAAAAGCUUGUAUACUUACCCACAUUUCAACCCUUGGUAGAGCGUAAACAAAAAUACACUAUUUCUACUAUACUCAGCAAAGAAAUUCCAAAGAAUAAACCCCCAACGCCACCGAGGGAAACUAUAAUGUAGAAACAAAAUUUAAAUUGAACAAUAACAACAAUACUUAAAAUUUACCAAUAAAAUCCAAACUUGUCCGGGCUACGCUUCGUUCAUAACGACUUGUUGGUAGAUUCAAAACCUCCAAGACAACGUGCCCAAAUUCAGAGUUAUUUUUCAUUUCAUCUAUGCUUAUCCUUACAAAAUAUUCAAUUCAAAAAGUUUUAUUAAUUAUAGGUUGCAUAGGUAAUACUCACCCAAGUAAAUUGAUUUCCAUUUCUAAGCACGAUUUAAUACAUGUUUUAUCUCGAAUAAGUUUCUGCUUUGUACGAAAUGAGACUUCAUCUGUGAAAAACAAACAUUUGCAUUAACAACAUUGACGAAAUUAUUGUGAAAUUACAAAUCUACCUUGGAAAAUGCAUGCCAAUCCUUCAAAAUUACAAUAACGCGAAGAAUCUGGAUAAUAAGUACAAAUAAGUCAUUAACAAAAUACGAAUAAGAUCACCUAGUUACAUUCUUUCGGAAAAGCAGGAUUGGUACAGUUACACAUUUCGAAUUCUGUCUCGAUGCGAGUAACCAAAGCACAAUUGGUGAAGCUGUACGGUAAAUAAUUUGUAAUAUUCUCGAAUGGGAAGCGACAUUCUCUUUGUGCCAUCGGUUGAUCUCUUAUGUCCGGUUUGUUGUAAACUUCCAUUGUCUGGAGAUAAAAUAGAAGGAUUCAUAUUAUACUUAGGUACUAGCUGAUCCCGAACGAACUUUGUUUCGCUUUUGAAGCUGAGGAGUUUGUGUUUGAUGCAUUUUCACGACAAAAUUGCUUUAAAUAUUAAACAAUGCCUAAUCAUAAGCGACCUAUCUACCAAAUAAUGCAUAAUAACAAAAUAUUCCCGAGCAGACUUUUAUGACAAAAUUAUACCUAAUUUUGCUAUCACGUCUUGAAAGUAAAAUGAGGUAUCAUUAUGCCCGAAUAAAGGUGGUACAAUGCCAAAAUUUGGGUCUCACUUUUCAUAUAUGGAUACCUCGAUUAUCCCAAGUCUAGGUUUCAAUGAAACCUUAAUGAUGCCUCGUUUAGCCAACGUUUUGAAACGUAUUUUGAGGGCAUAAUGAUGCCAAUUUUGGGUUUCAACUAGAAGCAGAAUUUGGCAUCGUUGUGCCCUCAAAAUUCUUUUGAAAAGGAUGGCUAAACGAGGUAUCAAAAAACGUUCAAUAAAAUCAAAAUUUGGCAGAACUGUGCUAUCCAUAUAUAGAAAAUGAGAGAUAAAUUUUGUCAUUAAACCACUUUUAUUCAGUCAAAAUGAUUCCAAAUUUCGCUAACAAGGCAUGAGAGCAAAAUUUCCAAUCAUUUUAUCCUUAAAUUCUGCUCAGGUAUGACAACCGAUACAAUAAAAAAUCUAAUAAGAAUCUCAUAACGUUAACGCCUUUGUGUAGGCAUCGAAUUGAUCAUAGAGUAUAACAGGUCGAUCAAAUCAUAAAAUCCAAAUUUCAGUAUAAUUUGUUUUCGACAUUAGGCAUAUUAUUAUCAAAUUACUAAUUUUAAUUCUGUUAAAAGUAACUUUUUUUUUAGUUUUCUGACUCACUUAAGCUUUUGUUUUGACAUAUCGAAUAAUGAGUAACUAAUUUACAAACAUACUUUCAAAAUAUUCCUACCAUUGAAAUUAUUAUUAUUUUUUUGUAAAAGUGUGUGAAUUGUUUUCCUGUUAAAAUGCUUCCAAUGUUUGUUUAGCGUUACGGAUCCAAUCGAAGUCGAGUAGUUCAUGUUUGAUGAAUACCAAAAAUGAUAUCAUAUUUAAUUUUAAAGAGUAUAUUUAUCUAUUUUAGAUUGCAAAUAAUAUGUCAAUAAAUCGUUAUUAAAAAAAUAUAAUAAAAUAGAAUAUUUAAUUUUUUUUUUCUUGGAGCUAUCAUAUUAUUCAGUCGGCAUUUAUACUUAUUUAAAAUAUUGCAAAAACCUAUGAAUCGGCAAAAACGGCUGUGAAGAUUUGUUAUGCAUAUGUUUCAAAUGGAAACGCACAACAACACAAACAUAUUUUGGUAUUUUUUUUACAUUUCACGAAUUGACCUAAACUUUUUUAUUAAAUCCAAUGGUAUAAAUUAUGUGAAAUUAAAGCUAGCUGAAAGAAAUUUCACGAUCUUUUGGGUAUAUUUCGCAUCGUACAAUCAUAAAUUGGCUUUUAUGAAGUUUUUUUUUUAAUUUUAUGUUUCCUCAAAGUGUGCUCGGGGGGAUAUGAUGGACAUCGCCUUUAAUUAUGCAACAAAUAAAGAAGUGAAUGUUUUCAUGGUUCAGACAAAUAGCAAACAUUAAAACGCCAAAAUGUAUAUAAAAUUUGGUAUUUAAUUUUCAUUAAAUGUCAUGAACCUUGUAAGCUAUAGCUUAAGUAGUUUACUUUUUUUCAACUAUUUUUACAGUUUUCCAUAUUCCAGACGUUAAAUUUUACUUACAGAAGGCUGAAGACCGAUGCAAUUUCCACUGUCGAUGGUCGAGCAAUCCUGACAAUAGAUGUCCUAAGAAAAAGAUUUCCAAGCUGGGCUGCAUCUUAGCAAAAAUCCUGUAGGGUACAUAAUCGCUGAAUCUAUCUAAAUUUCUAAAUGCAAAAUUUGACAUUUCGUUGCUAAGUAAGUAUGUACAUUUUGCUUUCAUUUUUGCUGCGUACCAUCUAAUAUCGCCUUCGAUAUUCAUUACAUACGAAGAGGUGAUUUUCACUGCGCGCAGCAAUCUAUCAUGUUAAAUUUGUGAUAAUGAAAACCGCCUACACUUAUGCCAUCAUCAGUGGUUACGACAUUCAUUAAAAAUGGCCGUGUUCAUAUUAUAUGAAAAUUGGCACCUUUGCUUAUAUAAGGAUUGAGUGUAAAUGAAAGAAAACUUUUUCUUGAUUUGUGUUACCUAACCAAAUGUGUUUAAAAUUUGUUUGCAAGUAGGUACAUACAGUAAGUCACAAAAUUGACCGUACCAAGGCGCACUCUUGCAAAUCUCCACAGAUUCUGACGAGAUUUGGCGAUUUUCUUCCACACAGUUUGACUUUUUGUCAUAUCUCGUCAGAUAAUAUUGUUACUCUAUCAGUUAUAGAAAGUUUGAAGAAAAAAAAAUAUUAUUGCUGUACAAAUGUAUGGAAGUGCCAGUUUGGAGAGAAGUGUGAGUGUGCCUGGGUACGGUCUGUUUGUACCUUCUUUGAAACAAAUUUGUUUAUGUUACACACGGUUCAAGAAAAAGUAUUUUUUCUCUUCUACAAUCAUUUCGUUUUUAAUAUGAGACAUGUAUUAUGAAUAUCGCCUCCACUUAUGAUUGCAAAAGUGAAGACGAAUCAUAAUACCAAAAGUUUUGUAAUACAUAGUUGUACGUAUGUCAAAUGCAAAAAUAUAACCAUUUUGGUGUGUACAUUCAAAA